GGCUUGAAUGUUGGCAGUCAGCACCAAAGAAGAGUUGUUUAUAUUCAGUGCUCUUGCCUGUGUAAUGUACCCGUCAUUAGCUUUCAGUUGUUGUAUUUCGAGUCAUCAUGGCGGAGGAGAAAGUACCCAGCGACGCUACUAGCACUGCAUCUCCUAAUAUCUUAGCGGGAGAUGUUGAACCACAGGGUUUCGAUCAAGCAGCGACGAAGAAGCUUUUGCGCAGGCUAGACUGGCACAUCAUUCCUUUCAUGUCGCUCAUUUACCUCCUCUGCUUCCUGGACCGCACAAAUAUUGGGAAUGCCAGGCUCGACCAUCUGGAGAAGGACCUCAAACUCCACGGACUACAAUAUAAUGAUUGUCUAGCGAUCCUCUUCCCGUUCUACAUCGCUGCUGAGAUCCCCUCGAACAUGAUGAUGAAGCGCACACGGCCUUCUAUCUGGCUUACAUUCAUCAUGUUCUUCUGGUCCCUAGCGAUGAUCUGCCAGGGCUUUGUAACCAACUACUCUGGGUUGAUGGCUACGCGCGUCUUUCUGGGUGUAUUCGAAGGCGGCCUAUUUCCCGGGGUAAACUACUACAUCACGCAAUGGUACGUGAGGAACGAGUGUGGCUUUCGCAUGGCCCUCUUCUUCUCGGCCGCGACUUUAGCUGGAGCCUUUGGUGGUAUCCUAGCAAGGGGCAUUGCAGAAAUGAAUGGCGUCGGCGGUAAGGCGGCUUGGGCUUGGAUCUUCAUCCUUGAGGGCUUAAUGAGUAUCCUGGUGUCGAUUGUAGCGUAUUGGUGCAUCUACGACUACCCUGCGACCGCACGCUUUCUUACCUCGAAGGAGCGAUCCGAAGUCGAACGCCGCCUGACCGCAGACCACGGCCACCUCUCCAACGACUUCGACAUGAAAUAUGUCUGGCAAGCCAUCACCGACUGGAAGAUAUACAUCUUCAUGCUCAUCUGCAUGGCAGGCUUCUGUCCCAUUUACUCAUUUGCCCUCUUCCUUCCCACAAUCGUCAAAGGCAUGGGAUACACAGCAAAUGAAGCGCAACUCAUGACUGUUCCACCCUACGUCUGCGCUUGCUUCUUCACAAUUGGGGCAAGCUGGUACGCAGAUAGGAUUCGUAAGCGUGGUAUAUUCCUCAUGGGCUUUCAGCUCGUGGCUAUUGCGGGAUUCUCAAUGCUUGCUGCAACGGCGAAGCCAAGCGUACAAUAUGCAGGGACUGUGCUGGCGGCGAUUGGCAUCUAUCCGCAGAUACCACUAGGGAUGGCAUGGAACAGCGGGAACAUCGGGGGCAGUUUAAAACGUGGCACUGGCAUUGCGAUGCAGGUCAUGGGCGGAAACUGCGGAGGUAUCAUUGCUUCGUAUGUGUAUCUCACCCGUGACGGUCCGAGGUUCAUCACUGGACAUAGCAUCUUGAUUGGAAUUGUGGGUAUGGCGUUCUUCUUGACGUUCUUCAUGUCGACCUGGUGCCGACUGGAGAAUGCGAGGCGGGACAAGAUAGCGUUGGAGGUUGGAAUGGACGAGUUGACCGAGGAGCAAAAGCAACUGGAGGGGGAGCUCGCUGAUAAUGUACCCUGGUUCAGGUACACUACUUAAAUGGAAGUUGCCCCAUAUAAAUGUUGUUACUUUACUGCACGAUUGGUCAUGGUGUACCAUAUCCAAUGGCAACUAGCGCAGCUGCAGCCAUAGAGGGAAGAUAGAUCAAACGUACCAAAGAAUCAUUAUAUCAUUAUAUC